CCAUUCAGCACAGUGCCUGACAAUACUCAGCUGCAGAGAUGAAUAACCAAGGAGUUAUCUAUGCAGAACUCAAUCAGGCUAAGGACUCAAAAAGACAGCAAAGGAAAGCUAAGGGCACUAAAAGUUCCACUUCAGUAACUGAGCAGGAAAUAACCUACACAGAAUUAAAUCUUCAAUAUGCUUCUCAGGAUCCUCGAAGGAACAAGAACUCCCAGUGCAAAGGGAAGCUCAUUGCUGGGAUCCUGGGAAUCGUCUGCUUUGUCCUGAUGUCCACUGUGGUCACAAUAGCUGUUAUUCACUUUACCGAAGGACCAGAGCAGAACCAAACAUUCCUGGAAACAAGGAUCCAAAAAGCUUAUCACUGUUGUCCAAAAGAGUGGCUUACAUAUUCUAACAGUUGCUAUUACAUCAGCACUGAAAGAAAAUCAUGGAAUGAGAGUUCAACGUCCUGUGCUGCUAAGGGCUCUACCCUGCUCUCCAUAGAUGAUAAAGAGGACAUGUGUUUCCUGGAUGCCUUCAUUCAUUCAUCAUGGAUAACAGUCAACCAGAGAAGAAAUUGUAAUUCAUCAGUGAGGCUCAAAUGCUCACCUUUCUUUCCCAAAGAGUUUUCGGUAUCUUCAGAGAGUGACAAGGAUUGCCCAUUUAUUGAUACUGUGUCACACAGAUGUUUUUUUGACUCCUGUUUAGAAACGAAAACAUAUGUUUGUAAGCAUGAGGCAUAUUUAGGUACUUAAUUUCGGUAUAAUGCUAUCUCACCAUCUUAAAAAAACAUGUCUCUCAUUUCUUUAAAACCCAAUUAUUUUCCCAGAAUAUUUUUCAGAUAUUAUGUUUUAGAGCGAUUUUAGAUUGCCAAUAAAAUUAAGAGGAGUACAGAGCUCUCCUGUAUUGCUCCUGGCUGUACACGUGCACGGCCUCUCCCAUCAUCAGCAUCACUCGCGGGAACGGAUCAUUUGUGACAAGGAUGACCCUGCAACGAUGUGUCAUGAUCACACAAAGUCCAAAGCGUACCUGAGGCUUCACCCUUGGUGUCAUAGAACUGUUUUUCAAUCUUACUUUUAUUCAUGUAAAAAAUAUAUACUCAGGUACCUAUUAUACAUUUCUUAAGCUUUUGUUAUUCAUUAAAUCAUAAAUCACAAAUUAUAAUAUCAAGCACUGUUACUACAAAGUCCUCACUAAGGUGACUAAUUCCACUCAUAUUUCCAGAUGAGUUGAUUUCUCAGAGCCCCUGACAGGACUGCAAAUGACACCCCCGGGUGACAAGGUUAUCAGUCAGAAUUGAGUCAGGAGACAGAAACCAGGAGAAGUUCGAUGUAAACAAUUAUUAUCUAUUUGUAAGGGAAAGCCUACUAAGAGGAAAGGCUGCUAAGAUAAGGAAAGUUAUAAGAAUACCUUAGAGUGAAAGGAGAGUAUCCAUAGGAGAGAUCACUGGGAAGCCUGGUCUACUCUCUGAAGAUGGGAUUUAGAUGUCAUUGAAGAUAAUGCGGCUACACACAGCUUCAUUGCAGAUGUGCUCACAGCAAUCCGCCUGGGACAGAGCAGCUCCACGGCCCACAGGCUGAAGGUGGUGAGUGUGGAUCUCAGGUUGUGACUGGCAGGCGGGAAGAACCCCUGCCAGACUAUUGGGAGGCACAGAGCAGAGGGCUGGAAGUUGUGAAUGGUUCUGGCCAAAAACUUGCUGAAGGCUGAAUACACAGGACUUCCCGCAUUCAUGCCCCUGGCAGCCAAACACCCUGAAAACACCAUGAAACCAGGAAGAAGAACCCUUUCCGUUGCUGUGUCUCUCCAUUGCCUUCUACUGACACAACUCAACUUCGUGUGAGGUGACAAGGAAGAGAAGUUUAUAGCACCUAGCUCCAUUACCUGAGAACAGGGCACUGAGGGAUCCAUUUGGAGCCAAUUGUACUAAAUUGUUAACAGGCACUCAGGGAAUGUGCAUGCUGAGUUACCCGAGUGGGCCUAUGUUAAUGACCUGGACCAGGGCCUCCUUUGGCCUCGUGCUGAGGAAGGCUGGUGGUUGGGAUAGUCCACGUGGUUCUCUCAAUGGCUGCGUUCAGCAGUGCACUGUUAUUUAGUCAGUGGUUCCCAACCUUUGUGUAAUGCAAUUUUUCUAACUUAUGAAGUGUACUCUUUACAGUCAUGAAAUUAUGGGUGGUGUAAACAAACGACCUGGUAUAGAUGAUAGGAAAACAACAUGCUUAGACUUACUUUAGAACAAAAUGCUAUCUUUAAAAUCCUAAUCUUUUCCCUCAGAAUGGUGUUGAGCAUGAAUGCAAUGUAGCUUUUGAUGGCUUUUGAUGGACAGCUCUGUGCCAAAGGAGUGGAAGUGGCUGCCAAGGUCCUAAAGUUCAAGUUUCACACCCUUGCUACGGGCAAACAGAUAGUAAAUAUAAUUAGUUGGAAGGUGAAGGGGAGGACUUGAGUCUUUGAUAUGUCUGGACCAACCAUUUUGGGGCUUACAGGCCACUAUAAUGGAUGGCUUGCUUGGGGUGCUGAGUUUGAAGACCUUUUCAUGUAAAGGUGUGAAGAGUUGGGCAGCUUACAAGGCCUGCAACAGGGAGUUUUAAGGCAAGGAAGACUGGUCAAUCUGAAGAUUUAGAGGGCAUUUAUGAGAGCAGCAAUCCAGUUAUGAGAGCAGCUUACCAGUUGAAAGACAACUGAAUAGACUCAUAGGAUAGAAUAUCAAAUCUUCAAUUUCAAUAAAUUUUUAUAAACAACAACAACAAAAAACAAACAGAAAAAAAUAGGCACUCAGGGUUAUCAUGCAACAACCACAGGAUUGCUAAGUAAGAGCCAUUUGCAUCCGUCCCACGUCCUCAGAGAAUGGAACCAACAUCUAUCUUCUGAAUCUGUUUCAGUGCAGCAUUAUUAAUGAUUAGUUUCUUUUUUUUUUGGCAAAGAUUCGUAUUUUCAUUUGAUAAUAACCAGUGUUUUUUGAUACAUUUUUUUUGUUUGUUUUUUUCCUUGCUUGGAUUACAGAUGGUUUGGAAGAUACCCUGUUUUAUUAAAUUCUCCAUGUCCCCUACUUUUGCCACUCUUCACUGCAAUGCUUAGAAAAACACUUUAAUGGAAAAAUUUUUAAAUAACAAAGAAAACAGGAAUUAAAAAUAUAAGGAUACUUGUGUGGGUCAAACAGCUGGGUAUUGACAGAAUUUUGGAAAGCCUUUAGUAAUAUGAUGAUAAUUCAGAGAUAUUUCUACCCUAGUUCAUUCACAAGAAGGAAAGAGCUUACAUUUGAUUAUAACUUGCAAGAUAGCUUAAGUGUUUCAUAUACAUUUAUCUCUUUGAAUAUAGCCUUGUUCUUUAUAUUCUCUAUAUUUAUUCCCUAAACUCAUCUAGAGAAAUUAUAUGAAUAUUCAAGUUUAAUUUCAUAUAAUAUGUAAAUAGCAGCUGUAACUACUGGAGUUGUGUUACAAACUGCCCAAGAUUGCAUUGACAUUUAAAAAUAAUUUAAAGGUACCUGGGUGGCUCAGUCGGUUAAACAUCUGCCUUCAGCUUAGGCCAUGAUCCUGGGAUCCUGGGAUUGACCCCCGC